GUCUCAGUUUCGUACACUUUCAAACCCUGAGAAUUAUUGUUUUUCUCUCGCUCGCCCUCACGAGAUACGCUCUGAUAAGUGAGGUCCACAAAUACUGAGAAAAGAGUCAGGACCUCAACAAUGUCUGCUGCAAAAGCAAGCGUGAAGCGAGUUUCGGAGUCAGAGAACAUAAAGUCCAACCGGCGGAGGCAAACCGUCGUUGAUGAUGAUUUUGACGCCGCCAUCUCCAACGAUAUUAAAGGCAUAAUGAGCGCUCUUCAGCAGAUCAAGGAGAAGGCGCAGAUGGAUGGCCAGAAGAAGAACGAGGAGAAGAUAUCCAGUGUGGCCUCAGAGAUGAAAGCAAGAUUGGAUGAGCUGAAAUCAAAACUUGAGAAAGAAAGGCAGAGCUUUGCCAAGGGACUGUUAAAGAGCUCUAAAGAGUGUGAAAAUGUACUGAAGAGUGAGACUGCCAAGUUUCAAGAACUUUUUGAGAGGUUCUCCAAGGAGAAAUCCACACACUUGCAGGCCUUAAAAGAUACUGUUGCCAAAUACGAAGAAGAGAAGGAGAUGCUAUUUGCACGCUAUGAAAAACUACGUGAGCAAGAGGGGAAGAAAGAGAAGAGCAUGCUAUCUGAACAUGAGAAAGCUACUGCUGAAAAGAUAGCUCAAUUGGAGGAAUCCCUCAAGAAGAAAAAACAGGAUGACAAAACCUUCAGCAUUUUGAGGAAGAGCCUUGGAUCUUUCCUUGGAAACGCUUCAGAUGAGGAUUUUCCCCUUGAUGAGUGAUAUAUUUUCCAAGUGGUCAGUCAGCUUACUAGCUAUUUUUUUUUCUUCUUUUUAUGUCAAUGAAAACAAUGCUUAAAAGCACCAUAUCUCCCCUAGUAAAAUUCUCAAUGUGGAGCAUUUGUAGUUAAACUGUGAAUCCUUUCUUGUGCGUUUACUCUCAUCAAACUUGUUAGUUCACUUAAACCCCGGAACUUCCAAAAUUCUAUCGAGUUUACUUUCGCUGUUUGUAAACUAAAUUUUGGCACUGUAUAAAGUGGUUCGAGUUAGUGUUUGUAGUCAUUGCCUCUGCCUGCUGCACUUCUCGCCUGUAAUUUGCUGUGCUUGUUGAUGUCAUGAUGAGAUUUGGGGGAUAAAGUAGUAUGUGGUAUAUGCUAUAGCAUCCUUAUUCUGCUCUGGCCAUUAUUAAUUCUCGGAUUACCACUGAAAA